AUGGCAAAGAGUACCUUUUUUCUACGACAUAUGUUGCUGCUUUUGCUGUGUCUUACACUGGGGACAGCUUACACCUAUGCCUUUACCCCCAGUCGCCUCCAGCAGCACAAAAUCCUCCACCUCGACUGGCCCAGGGAUUGUGGCCUGGCUCACUUUAAACCAUAUACUACAGAACGCAUUGUAUCAGGCAAUGAGGCCAGACCCCACUCGUGGCCAUGGCAGGUCUCACUGCAGGUUCGUCCUAGAGGCAGCAAGCACUAUGUCCAUGUGUGUGGUGGGACCCUGAUCCACAAAACCUGGGUGCUUACUGCAGCCCACUGCUUCCAGAAGGGUAAAGCUGAGGAUCCCGGUAAUUGGCGUAUUGUUUUGGGGAAGCAUCAACUGAAGAAAUCUGAAGCAGUUGAGCGUAUCUUCCCUGUGAAGAGAAUCUACAGACAUGAGCAUUUUCGCUACCCAGUGCACAGUGAACUGGACUACGACAUAGCUUUGGUGAAAGCAGGCACAGAAAUCCUCCCGAGCAACUUUAUCCGCUACGCCUGCCUGCCGCGCAAACAGACCAACCUAAAACCUGGCCAUUACUGCUGGGUGACCGGCUGGGGGGACACACGAGGUGGAAAAGAUAAUGUGUCACUCGCUGAGUCACUAAACCAGGCCCGCCUGCCCAUCAUUGACCACAAAACAUGCCGGCAGAAGAAGUUUUGGGGAGAUCGUGUGAGGGAGUCCAUGAUCUGUGCUGGCUUCAGAGACACAGAGGGACCUCCUGCUGCUUGCCAGGGAGAUUCAGGUGGUCCUUUAAUGUGUCAGGUGGGUGAGGAUCGCUGGGAGGUGCGUGGCGUAGUGAGCUUCGGCCCCAUCGGCUGCGCGGUGGAAAACAAGCCGAGCGUCUUCACUCGUACUGCUGCUUACAUCCCCUGGAUUGAGGCAACUCGCAUCAGAGACUUCUUUUUCCAUUGAUUCCAUUGUCUUCAGUGAUCACCAAGUCCAACUUCAAGUUGUAUAGAGUUGUGGAUUGACCAUUACAUCGGCAUCUGGCAUGGUUUUAUUCCACACAUUCACUUAUCCAUCUGCAGUGCACUGUACUGAGCUCUGGGAUCUCCUUCUUAGAUAUUGGCACAGUUUCUGUUGUAUUUCUGUUGCAGUGUGGGCAACUUCAGAGCAUAUACACUUAUUACUGUACAGUUACCUAGCCUUUACCGCAUUUCCUUAAGAAUAUGCUGGCUACCAACUUAUGUUAUUCUUUUAAAAAACACAUAAUAUGAUAAUUAUUGGAUACACUAGCAUUAGUGUUUAUCCUUAAUAAAAAUAUUUGAUUUAGACCCCAAAUAUCCUAUUGGUAUUGUUAUUAAUAUAGUUUGGUAUUUGCACAGCCUAUCACAACAUUGCAACACAGUACCCUUCCCCCAAAAAAACUUAAAAUAUAACUUUUAACAAACAUUUAACAAGAUUUUCCUUGAAUUAUCCUGUCUACAAUCAAUCAGUAACAGCAUUAUUGAGCAUUUAUAUAAACUGUGCAAAGUUUUUUGCCACCCAUCAAUUCUUUAUAUUUUGCUUCCACAGAGUCAGACUCUUUUGUAUUUUUUAACAUAGUCUUGUGAAACAGGCAUCCCGAAAACCUUUUUUUUUUCCUCUCACUUUUAGUUAAGUCCCUACUUAAGCCACACUAUAAAUCAUUCAAGCAUAAAAACAUAAAACAUCUAACGUAAGGCAUGAACCAGUGAAAAACAAGUGCAGAUGAUCAGACGGUGAUUAGUAUAAUGGCAAUGCUAAAUGCUGAGUGGUUGGAACAGACAAGAUAGGAAAUUACGUUUCUGCUGAGGUUGUUCCAUCAACAACCCAUUUUUAAAUUGUGUGUUUAGGCACUUUGUUGCAAUCUCUUUAAGUUGUUAGUCUUUAGCUGUUGCUGUCAAGGAGUCGCCAUACAAAGCUGGACACAGGCUUCACGCUGGUUCCCCUUCCUGACGCAACCCUCCUAUUUGGGCAUUGGGUAGGAAAACCUACCACUGAGCCACCAAUGCCCACCAUGUUACAAUCACUCUAAAUUUAAUAUAAAGGAAUGAGAGGUGACCUUUAUACAGUCACCUCUGUCUGUAAUAUACAGUAUUGUAUCUUGUUACAAUAAAAAUUUGUGCUAUUAAUAUAUUUUACAAGAAAACCAACCAUGUUGAUUCUAUACAUUUCAUUGACCAUGAAACAUAUAAAAAUUCAAUUUAAUACUUUGAUAGCUAACUUGCCUUAAAUAUCAUACAAGAGACUACAAAGUGUACAAGACAAGCCUGACUUCUUAACUGCACACUU